AUGUUAAGACCUUCAUGUAAAGGGACGAACUCAAGGACUAAAAGCAACAGAGAACCCUUAAAACCAAAGAUUCACUGUCACCAACCAGGGAAGUCUUAUCUUUUAAGCAAAUAUUCACUGCCAAAAGCCCCCAUCAGAUAUGGUCCCUCCAUCUCUGUAGUCUUAAAACUUCUCUAGAAAUACAGAAAACCCCAGUGGCUAUAAUUUAUAUGAGAACACUCUUCUUACAAUUUCUAGCUUCCCCACCCCCCCACCCCCUUUCUGCCUACUACUUCAGAAAGGAUUUUUUCGAUGGGAUCCUUCCAAAAAUCAAAUGGGAUGGGAAGUUCGGCGUUGUUGGAGACAUCAUGCGGAUAUUUACUACAAGAAUUACAGAUCAUAUGGGAUGAAGUAGGAGAAGACCAAUUUGAGAGGGAAAAGGUUCUGCUGGAACUUGAGCAGGAGUGCCUCGAAGUUUACCGAAGGAAAGUUGAUACUGCGAAUAUUUCACGCGCUCGACUACAUCAGCAGCUUGCAGAAUCUGAGGCUGAAUUUACUCAUCUUCUUCUGUCUCUUGGAGAAAGAUCACUUCCCGGACGGCCGGAGAAAAUGGCAGGAACACUGAAGGAGCAGCUAAAUUCUAUAACCCCAGCGCUCCGAGAGAUGCAGUUAAGGAAAGAAGAGCGGGUUAAGCAAUUCCGCGUGGUACAAGGGCAAAUACAUAAAAUUUCUGCAGAGAUAGCAGGUCGGACAGAGUAUAAUGAUUCAUCAUCAGCUGUUUGGGUUAAUGAGAAUGAUCUUUCACUUAAAAAGCUUGAGGAGUACCAGAAUGAGCUUCAGAGACUUCACAGUGAGAAGAGUGACAGACUUCAAAGGGUGGAAAAAUACAUGAGCAGAAUCAAAAAUCUGUCAGCCACUUUAGGAAUGGACUCCUCCCUUAUCAUCACCAAAGUUCAUCCAAGCUUGAAUGAAUUGUCAGGACUGUCAAAGAACAUCAGUGAUGGUAUUCUGGAAAAGCUUGAUAGCACAGUAAAGUCCCUUGAAUUAGAAAAGCAAACAAGACUUGACAAGCUUCAACAACUUGGUAGAGCAUUGGCUAAUUUGUGGCAUCUCAUGGACACACCCUACGAGGACCGUCAACAAUUUCUCCAUGUCACCAGCCUAUCAUCAAUGGCAUCAGCUGAGAUAUCCACUCCUGGAAGUCUUACUCCUGACAUAGUGUUGCAGGCUGAGACUGAAGUCAAGAGAUUGGAUCAAUUAAAAGCAAGCAAGAUGAAAGAGUUCUUUUUCAAAAAACAAAUUGAGCUUGAGGAGAUAUGUAGCAGAUCACACAUGGAAAUACCUUCAAGAUCAGAGAUGGAAAAAAUAAUCAACCAAAUAAACUCUGGGGAGAUUGAUCAUGCCGAUCUCCUCACAAGUAUGGAUGAACAGAUAUCAAGAGCUGAAGAAGAAGCUGCCAGCCGAAAGGUGAUCAUGGAGAAGGUUGAGAAAUGGAUAUUGACCUGUGAUGAGGAGCGCUGGCUGGAAGAGUACAGCAGAGAUGAAAAUCGUUAUUCAGUUAGCCGAGGUGCUCACAAGAACCUCAAAAGAGCAGAGCGUGCCAGAGUUAUGGUCAAUAAGAUACCAGCGUUGGUGGAUUUGCUGAUAUCCAAGACUAGAAACUGGGAAGAAGAAAGAAAGAAGGUGUUCUUAUAUGACGAGGUUCCUCUGCUUGCAAUGCUUGAAGAGUACAAUAUGCUGAGGAAAGAAAAGGAAGAGGAAAAACAAAGAGAUAGGAAGAAGGCACAAAGUAAAGUAGUAACCCAGCAUGAGAGCCCCUUUGGAAUGAGGCCAGGCACCAGCAGUCAUCAUUUUUCUGAUAAAAGCUCAAAUGGAGGCUUCAGCAAUGCAACCCCUCUGAACAGAAGACUUUCCCUGGGCGUACAGCAGAUGGGAUCAACCAGCAUUAGCUCGCCUACUGAAAGCAUAUCUUUCGCCAAAGGAGGAAGGAAACCAUAUGGACAAAGGAAAUACACUCAAAAAGGGUUCUCUUAUCAUCUUAGAGAAGACACAGUUUCAGUUGUCUCAUCAUUUUCUGGCCCCUUUUCACCCUAGCACAUUUGAGUGUCAGUUAAGACUUAGUUUCAGUUGUUUCAUCAUUUCAGCCCCUUAUUAUCAAGUAGUACGGAAAACCCUAUGCCCGUAUCAAAAUAUUGAUCAUUUCUAGUUUGCACAGAAUGUAAAGGAUACAUUAGGAAGUUAAUUCCAAUAACAGGACCUUUUCACAAUAUCUGUAAAUCAGAAUAAGUAACCCCGACAGUGUUGAUUGAACUUAUUCAACGAGUAUGAUCUUUCUCCAGAACAACA